AUGGCGGCAUGGGUAGAGCAACCCGCCAAUGUAAAGCUCGGUUCAGGAGUCUGGGGUUCGAGUCCCACGGUCAGCACUCUGGACAGAGAAGUCCUUGAUUGGUGGAAACCCUCACGGCGACAACCGGCACUGCACUCACGGGCCGCGUCUCAACAAGUGAGAAUCCCCCCUCUGUCUACGUCACUUGCGCCCUCCACCCUCCAACCCCCCACCCCACUCCCUCUCCUGUUUCCCCGCUCUCGCUGCACUCGCUCCGGUCACAGCGGCUGGUGCGCGCUCCUCUCCGCACACGCACCGCACAGAGGACCGUCCCCGCGCCGCAGACCCCCGGAGCCGGGUUCACCAUGGCACACUGCGGCCCCCCGGGACUGCACUGAAACCUGGGCAUGCAAGCGUCGGCAGCGGGCGGCUAUCCGAGCACCAGCAGUGCACCUGGGCGAGCUGAGGCGUCUGUGUCAUGAGGUGAAGAAAGGCGGAGCCAUCCGGGGGAAGCUGAGGAUGCGCUCUCUGCCAGGGGCCUUCAUCCUGCUGGGGCUGCUGGUGGUGGUGGUGGGCACUGCUCUGGCCGUGGCGGGGUACUGGCCCUAUAAACUGUCCAAGGCCACCCUCAUGGGGCUCAGCGGUCAGGGGGACGAGGCGCUGGCCGGAUGGAGCCUCGGAGCCAAGGGCCUGGUGUCCACAGCCAGAGCCAACCUGGUGCACAGCGACCGAAUGAAGCUCCUGGGUCCAGUCAUCAUGGGAGUCGGCCUCUUCAUUCUCAUUUGCGCCAACACCGUCCUGUACGAGAACCGCGACCGGGAGACGCAGAUGCUCCUGGCCCAGAUGAGGAGCGUCAUCUGCUCCGUGUCGGCCGCCGUCCCCUCCGCCGACCUCCAAGACAUGGCCGUAACCAACUCCAUGACCAAGCACUACCAAUGGGUCAGCAGCCUUCCGGCCGCGCACCUCAACAUCCUCUGUGUGUCGCAGCUGGCUUGCUCCGAACCAGUUCUACUCACGCAAUCGUCAGGCGAGCGGGACUACCACCAAGCCGCGAUGCAGACGCAAGCCCUCCACCACCAAGAGUCGCAAUCAACACCUUCUCUCAAAUUGUCAAACUCUUCCAGCUCUUCCAACUCUUGCACCUCCAUCCAGACAGAGCUUGCGAAACCCUCUUCGGAUAGUUCUUUGCCCAAACCCAUACGCUCCAUCCCGUUGGUCAAAGUCAACAGCUGUCUUGUUUCGGCGAGUUCUAUGUCGACAUUGGGGGUGGACGAGAGCGUGGAGGUCCCGCGAGCUCUGCCCAGACGGUGCCACAGUCUGAGCUACAGGACUAACCCCCACAAACACCCCGUCCAUUUCCGCAAAGAAGUGGUGGAUGGCGAGGGCCGGCAGAUGGCGCAUGGUUCGCAGUCCGUAUGUGUAAGCAUCCCCGGACAAAUUACAGAGAAGAUGUCAGAGGAUUUCACACACCAGAGCUGGCCCCGACUGGACUUGGGAAUUGGGAGGCGGUAUCUGAAAUUGGAGAAUAAGGAGGACUCUGUGGAGAAAUUGUUAGAUCAGUUGGAGAGUCAGUGUUCGCAGUGGGAUAAAAGUUUCGGAUCAGGACCUUUCCAAUGA